UAUUUCUUAAGUUUUCUAAUUGUAAGUGUUGUGUAACAAAAUCUAAAAGAAUAUUUUUACACAAAGAAUACUGCAUGCUAAAUAAAUAAUUAAGUACACAAUGUCUACCGCUACAGCACGCGUUCUCAGUAGUGGAUUGCGCUUACCACCUUUACCAACCAUUCGUGAUCUUGUUAAGCUCUACAAAUUGCAAGCAAUUAAGCAAUUGAGUCAAAAUUUUCUAAUGGACGAGCGUUUAACAGAUAAAAUCGUUAAAUGUGCAGGCGAUAUACAGGAUAGAGAUAUUGUAUUAGAAGUUGGACCUGGACCAGGUGGCAUUACGCGCUCUAUAAUACGUCGCCAACCACAACGUCUAAUACUUGUAGAAAAAGAUAUACGAUUUCUUCCCACGCUGGAAUUACUGAAAGAUUGUGCAUCACCGCUGAAUAUAAAUAUAGAUAUUCACAAUAAUGAUAUAUUGAAAUUUAACGUUGAGGAAGCGGUAACCGAUCUUACACGACGUUUGCAUCUCAUUGGUAAUCUUCCGUUUUCUAUAUCAACACGUUUGCUUAUUAAUUGGUUCAAGGAUUUGUCAUUACGUCGCGGUGCUUUUCGACGAUACGACACAUGUAUGACGUUAACAUUUCAAAAAGAAGUAGCUGAACGCAUUUGUGCACCUACGGGACAUGAACAACGUUGUCGUUUAUCAGUUAUGUCUCAAAUUUGGACGAGGCCAGUUAUGAAGUUUUUAAUACCAGGUAAAGCGUUUGUCCCCAAGCCAGAAGUUGACGUUGGCGUAGUUAAGCUGAUACCAUUAAAAACGCCUAAAACAGAUUUACCAUUUGAUUUGGUUGAAAAAGUUAUGAGACAUAUAUUUCACAUGAGACAAAAAUAUUGUCGUCGUGGCUACGCAACUUUAUUUCCACCAGAUAAUCGUGAAGAAGUUACAAAUGAACUAUUUAAGCUAGCUGAUGUUAAGGAUACCUUACGUCCAUUUGAGCUAACUCUUGAUGAAUGUUUACGUCUAGCGACAGUAUAUUCCAAUUUUAUUAACGAUCAUCCAACUAUUGCAAACUAUAACUUCCGUGGACCCAAAAAUCUUCGAGAUAUUAGUUUCACUAUGUAAUAUGUAUUCUUUGUGAUGGUAUUUUACAAAAUCACUUAUUUUAUUGUUUAAGAAAAAACUUCGUUAUUUUUAAAUAUAUUAUAAAAAAAACUUUA